AUGAUGGGCUACGACGAUGACGACGGCAUGGGAAGCCGCCUCCUCGAACACCGCGCAAGCGACACCCACAGAAUGGUCCCCAAAUCAGACCUCGUCAUCUACAACCCCUCGACCCAGCUCCUCGGCAUGCAAAUGUACUCCUGGGCCACCAAACGUCCCGUCCCCGAACGCGGCAGCAUGGUCGUCUACAUUGACGGCGCCUGCCGCAACAACGGGCUCCCCGAUGCACAAGCCUCGUGGGGCGUCUACUUUGGUCCCGGGUCGCGAUAUAACGCGUGCGGGUUGUUGGCGAGGGACCUCCCGCAGACGAGCUCAAGGGCUGAGAUUGAGGCGCUGGUGCAGGCUGUGAGGAUUAUUUGCGAGAUUACGGGGAGGGAUUAUUCGUUGAAUCGGAUUACGAUUGCGACGGACUCAGAGUAUCUUGCGAGUGCGAUGGCGCUUUGGAUUGGGGACUGGAUCGAGAAUGAAGGGUUGAACGCGAGAGGGAAGAGAGUUGCGCAUUUUGAGGUGUUGAGGGAGUUGCAUGAGCGGUUGGAUGAGAUGACGUAUGGAGAUGAUGGUGGGAGGGACAUCUUAUUUUGGGCUAUCCCAAGAGAGGAAAACACCGAGGCUGAUGCGUUGGCUAAUCAGGCGUUUUCAACAGGUCGUAGGACGUUUUGA